CUCCGCUUUAAUUAGAACCUUCCCUUCCACAAAACUUAAGUGAGCAUAUUUGGGGAAAUUUUGGUGCUUUUCUCAAGCUAUCAGCGGUCAAAAGCUAAACAGGAUGGCCAUUGAGAUGACAAACAUUUUCUGGACCUAAAGAUUAUCAGCUUCUCUAACACUACGAAUCUUAACAGUUCUCAACCUUUCUCAACCUGAAGUUCAGUUCUCAAAUCUUCACGACACAAAAUGGCGGAUCGGCUUUGUGAGUUUUGCAUUGGUUGUUGUUCGACGAUUUGCGCCGUAUUUUGCCGAGAAAUUACAAUGAAGACGGCCUACACUAUCCAAUUUGUCAUAUACAGCAUUUUACAAGGAUACAACGUCGCUUCAGACAUUGGAAUGUUUUUUGACGUUUUCAACGCGGUAAGGAAAUGCAAUGAAUUAGGAGAGAACUCAAAUGCGAAUGGAACUCAAGUCGAUCCGGGAAGGACAAACGUCUAUUGUAGAGCACCAGGAAACUUUACAGUGUCAGAUCUCGACAAGCACAUCCUAACCUUAGAAAUUCUUCAAUGGUUUUUCUUAAUUUUUGCUGGGAUUGGUGUGGCGCUCUACAUCGCCCACGUAUGCACUCUACUUCCAAAUUUAUGCAAGCACUGCCGAGAACCAGAAUUUGAACACGACCUUGGCUCACCAGAUACACCAAAAUACUAUCGAAGUAUUGUACACAUUCAUACCAUGUUUAUGUGCAUAGAGACUUUUAUUCAUGACAUUCCCGUAUCCUGUCUGGCAGUGGAGUUGAGCGUGCAUUAUUUUGGGUCAGCAAACUGCUGGGAAUGCGCAAUAAGUGCCAGCUCGGUUCCAGCCGAGCUUUCUUUGAAAAGAGGCAGUCUGUGGAUUGGGCUAAAAGUGUCAGCGGUUGCAUUAAUCACCAUCUAUAAAGGUAUCCUUCCGCUGUACUUUUGGAUUGGAAACCCAUUCUGCUGGAGCUGUUAUCCUCUGAGGUUCCUGAUCGCUGCACCAGCCGGGCUUGGUUUCAUGGUAAUGGUCCUGGCUCCAUGUAUGGGCAUUGCGAAGCUCCGAGUCAUGGUAGAAGUCCCAGAUUUGGCGGGAACUGUUGGCGCACCUUCCGACAUCAUCUUCAUGAUUGGACUGGUUUUCUGGGUCAUAUUAAUCGUCGGCUUCCUGGCCUACAAGAUAUUCUACAGUUUUAUCAUGGAGUUGUGUCCUUGCCUUGCUUGGUGUGAGGACGACGAUAAGAAAAAGAAAGACGCCAAAGAGGAGAAGACAACUGGAUGCUUAUGUUUCUAGUAAUGUAACUUUACAAACCAGAACCGGACUGUCUUGGAAAAGAAGAUUUUCUUUAUUUCCGGAUUAAAUUCCUUGCUUUA